AUGCUCGCAACUGUGCUGAGUCAGAUCGUUAGCCAAGGAGGUUCUGUGAGCUCAGAGCAGGUGACAGCGCUGACCCAGAAUUUUCAAAGCAUCAUUGCAGCACAAACGGCCGCCAAGCCAGUCGCGACCCCACUUCGCAACGAUGACCCGAAGGCAUCGCCUCCGGUCCCAAGCACACCAUCGGAAGCCCUGCCAAACGCGGAGCCCAAAGCAACUGCCCCACCGGCGCCACCGCCUGGCGGCAUCAAUGCACCCCCGAGCAGCAAUGCCCAUGUACCUGCAAUGGCACCCGGGCCAGCAACCGCGCCCCUGAGCAUCAAUCCACCCGCAGCAACAGCGAAAGCAGGCAUGGUCCCCGGGCCACCGGAUGCGAGGAUUAACAGCAGCAGCCACCCGACGGAGUACAAGUCUUUCCAGAGGUUCUGCGAACACAGCACAGGGGCAGGGGAGUUGAAGAAGGCAUGGGCUCACGGUGGAGCCAAGCGAAUGGCUAUGUUUGCACGGUUCGUGCAGACGGGGUGCGACGCUUUGGCUCUGGAAUGUGCUCUUCGAUUCAAACGUCAGCGCGAGGAAAUCGACAAAGAUGAGGGUGAAUAUUAUCCUUGGGCUGAUAUUCUGAAAUUUCACGAGAUGGACAGCGCCAAGGCACUCGCAUUUAUCACUCGACGUCGCGCGGAACUCCGCGGGACGUCUGUGGAUCGCAACGAUCCAGAGGUUGAAACCUUCCUAUAUUAUAGCCGGCAGUCCCGUUCCCUGAUCAAUCGAACCAUCGACGAAAUUGCCAUCGAGCUGGGGUGCGACGCCCAGUACGCUAGCAGCAUAUGUGAAAUGCUGGAAACUUCAGGCAACGCAAAGGGACCUGCAGGGGCACUCCCACCUCCCAAUUCUCCAGCCCUGGGUGACAACACGCCCCCGGAGUCUGCCCCCAAGAACGGCAAGCAUGGUGGCAAGAAUGGCAAGGCUGGCCAACCGCUGGAAGUUCUGGAGUCGCAAGGCGCCUUGAUUGGGCUGAUCCAGGCUGCUGCCUAUGUGGAGGCAUUCAAAAAGCAUACGAGGGUCGCGAAUGGAUUGUUGAGGAACGAAAAGCCGGCAAAGGCGAAAGCUGCCAAGAAAGCGAAGCCAGCUCCCCUCCGUUGCGCGAUCUCUGGCAUACCGGUCUUGAUCAAGGACAUACGGCAACAAGUGCGAAAGGCCCAACAGCGGCGACGCACUGGCAAGUUUCGGCGUUUGAGAUCAGGGACCUUCAACAAGAAAAAGCAAAAUCCCGGAAAGAAGUGCAAACAUGCUGAGCCUAUCAAAAACUGCUGGGUGACCAUUCCGGUUCUUCUGCCCCACCUGCUCUUCAAAUCUAUGAUACAGAGUGACCUGGUGAGCCACCUGAGUGGCACCGUGGAUUGGCGCCAGUGGUGGGAGGAUGCAAAAUCCGAAGAAUGGGGCGUUCUGCGAUCGGACAAGUUUGCGUACGACAAGAACAAAAGGAACUUGACAUUGCAGUCGCUGCAGCGCGAGUUCGUCGCUUCGAUGAACAAGUGUUCCGACCCAGAGGGGGAGGGACUGCAAGGAUACACCCUUCACUGCACUGUGUCCCGGGGAGAUUGGAAGCACAAACGGGAGUGGUUGGAACAGCCACGGCACUACAGCAACAGCUCUGGCAAAAUCUGCCCAAGGUGUCUUUGUGAGCAAAACUGGGCAGACAUGACCGAAAGCUUCAACAAUAGUGCCGACUUGGAGUUGGCAGCACAAAGCAGUGUUGGACCGAGCAUCCCGUGCCGAGGCAUGCAUAUGUAUACAUGGGGUGUACACACGUUUGUGUUUCCUUUUGCAAGAACUGUUACAGUGCAGGUUAAUUAG